GCCUGGGAAGUUCAGGAUUCUGGGACUUCCCGUUGUUCUUCCCCAGCAGGAGAAACAGCAGGUAAGCAGGGGUCAGUAUGAAAGGUGAAGAGGGUUUUUGGAAAGACAAUCCGGUCCAAAGAGCCCUAAACAGAAACACUUAUUUUCCUGGUUCCUUAUUUUCUGAGCCUCAGUUUCCACCUCUGCACAAUGGGAAGGGUAUGAGGUGAAGGGGAGGGUGGAGCGUCCCGGGAGGUCGAAGGUGCCAGGCAGGGAAGAGGUGCCCUAAGCGCCAGCAACCCCGCAGAGUUUGGCUGGGAGAGUUUUUAGAUUGCGGGCGCCGGCGACCCAGCUUUCCGGUGGAGGGGGCGUUGGGGGGACGCGGAGCGCUCGGGGGACCCUAGGACGCCGCCGCGGGAACCCCCGGCAGUGCGGCCCCUGCAGGCCGUGGAGCGCGGAGGGUUAACGAGCAAGCCCCACGCCCCCUUUGACGGCGCAGAGCCCACCUCGACGAAUUUGAAAAGGCGGCCCCGGAGCGGCGUGGGCGCCCCCCAGACCCUCGCAGCUGCCGCCCGCGCGCCCGGCCGGCUCCUCGCUCCGCUCGCGGUGGGGCCGCGGGUCCGGUCCGGCCGCCCGUGCGCGCCGCGCCGUCUUCCCGCCCGGGACGCGGGGUCCCCCGCGGGCGGCCGCGCAAGAUGAAGCUGGCGCUGCUGCUGCCCUGGGCGUGCUGCUGCCUGUGCGGGUCGGCGCUGGCCACCGGCUUCCUGUACCCCUUCCCGGCCGCGUCGCUGCAGCAGCACGGCUACCCCGAGCCCGGCGCCGGCUCCCCGGGCAGCGGCUACGGGGGCCGCCGGCACUGGUGCCAUCACACGGUGACAAGGACCGUGUCCUGCCAGGUGCAGAACGGCUCGGAGACAGUCGUCCAGCGCGUGUACCAGAGCUGCCGGUGGCCGGGGCCCUGUGCCAACCUCGUGAGUUACAGGACUCUCAUCAGACCCACUUACAGAGUAUCCUACCGGACGGUGACGGCACUAGAGUGGCGGUGCUGCCCUGGCUUUACCGGGAGCAACUGCGAGGAGGAAUGCAUGAACUGCACCCGCCUCAGGGACAUGAGCCAGAGGCUGAGCACACUGGAGGCCAAGGUGAUCCUGCUGGAGGCAGCCGCUCCACCCUCGGGCCCUGACAACGACCUGCCGGCCCCGCAGGGCAGCCCCCCGCCCUGGAACGAGGACUUCCUCCCCGACGCCAUCCCCCUGGCACAGCCCCGCAGGAGGCCCACGGGCCCGGCAGGGCCCCCCGGGCAGACAGGAGCUCCAGGGCCUGCUGGUCCCCCCGGCUCCAAGGGGGAUCGGGGCCAGGCGGGGGAGAAAGGCCCCGCGGGGCCACCAGGCCUCUUGGGGCCACCUGGGCCCCGCGGACUUCCUGGGGAGAUGGGGCGCCCCGGGCCCCCUGGCCCCCCUGGCCCCGCGGGCAGCCCCCACGGUGUCCUCUACUCCCUGCAGCCGGCGGACAAGGCCAAUGCAGACACACAGCUGGCCUCGGCCGCCGUGGACACGGUGCUGGCAGGGGUCCCGGGGCCCCGGGGCCCCCCAGGUCCGCCAGGUCCCCCCGGCCCACACGGACCCCCAGGACCCCCUGGGGCGCCCGGGUCCCAGGGCCCGGCUGCAGAGCAAAGCGUGACGGCCCUGGCUGGGGAGCCUGGCACGAAAGGGGAGGAAGAGGAGAAGGCGGCUGCAGAGGGUGAGGGAGUGCAGCAGCUACGGGAGGCACUGAAGAUCCUGGCGGAGCGAGUACUGAUCCUGGAGCACAUGAUCGGGAUCCACGACCCCCUGGCCUCUCCGGACGGCGGCUCUGGCCAGGACGCGGCCCUGCGUGCCGGCCUCAAGACAAAGCGCGGCGGCCCGACCCCUGACGGCUCCCUGGCGGCCCUGCUGGGCUCCGAGCCUGGGCAGAAGCGCGUGCGUGGGUCCGAGUGAGGCCCGCGAUGCCCAGCAAUACGCAGA